AUGGGGUACAACACUUCAGGGUUUGCCGCCCUCACGGCCCCGCGCGCCGCCCUUGCGGCCCCUAGCGCCACCCGUCGGCCCCUCGCGCCGCCGGUCGACCGCACGCGCCGCCCUUGCGGCCCCUUGCGCCGCUCGUCGGUCCCGCGCGCCGCCCUUGCGGCCCCUCGCGCCGCCCGUCGGCCCCGCGCGCAGCCCUUGCGGCCCCUUGCGCCGCCUGUCCGCCCCGCGCGCCGACCUUGCGGCCCCUCGCGCCGCCUGUCGGCCCCUCGCGCGGCCCUUCCGGCCCCUUACGGCCCCUCGCGCGGCCCCCUACGGCCCCUUCGAGGCCCGCCGUCGCCGCCUCCAGCAGUAGCCGCCGCCAUCUCUGCAGCACCGGCCGCCACUGCCGUCCCUUCAGCAGCGGCCGCCGCCGUCUCUGCAGCAGUGGCCGCCGCCGCCGUCCCUACAGCAGCAGCCGCGGCCGUCCCUGGAGCAGCGGCCGCCGUCGCCGUCCCUGCAGCAGCGGCCGCCGCCGCCGUCCCUGCGGCAGCGGCCACCGCCGCCGUCCUUGAAGCAGCGGCCGACGUCGCCGCCUCCUAG